AUGUCCCUUGCAAAUGCCUACUUGAAUCCUUCUUACCAGAACGCCGUUCCUACGCAAAGAAUCGGAGGUGUUCGUUAUCCACGUUCUUUUGCUACGAGCCAAUCCUAUCAGCAGUCGCAAAAUUUCGACAUUAGCAAUUGGAUGGACAGGAACAAAAUUAUGAACCAGCUUUCUGUUUCCCCUGUGGCUAUGGAUCCCAAGUUAAAUGAUCCGUUUAUGUCCGGCCGAUUUGCGUCCUCGCGUACCGUAGACGAGCCGAAGUCUCCUGUCAUCAAUCAGCGACUACCUCUGGCCAGUGAAGGUCUUGGCUUUAAUGAAAUGCCGGUUUCGCGUCCCUCUAAACUGCAGCUGUCCGGUUCGUGUGACGUCGGUGGGGCUUACAAUCCCAUGGUCCCGACUGUCCCUCCACCGCCGCCACACUCGGAGGAUUCGUCCCGAUGGGUGAUGUACCCACCUGUUCCAGCCUACGGCUCGGAGCAUCUGAAAACCGGAAGAUUCCAUCUCAUGAGAAACACUUCGCCCGAUAAAUUCCCGCAACAGCUAGGUCCUUACACAUCCGUGUCACCGAUGGAAAACACCCCGCUUCCCUCACGAUCUCUGGGGCUUCCAACGCAGUGCUUCAGGGCCUGGUGUCCGCGUCUCUGUAGUCACGUAGUCCUGCGUCGAGUCAUUCUUGAGCCGUCGAAGACGAUCUCAAAGGACGCCUGUUUCUUGGCCAACGAGUUGGGCGGGGCUAAGGACUCUUCUGUGCUUCGACUACUAGAUGUCGUUCCUGUUCAAGACUUUAGGGACAAUUCCGUACUUUUCACCUACGAGUUCCUUCCCUGUGCUCGCACUCUUGGGGCUAUCUUUAUGAUGGAGCAGACGAAGUCCUCCGAGCGAGUAAUCUACACCGACAUGUUGCAAGAGCGAACCGCUUGGUUGUUGCUGGUGCAACUAACCCAGUCUAUUCGUUUCGCGCACAAAACUUUACAUCGAAGUGUCGAUGUUCUUGACCCUAGCAAAAUCCUAAUUCAGGAUGGGACAAGGCUGUUCGUAAAUUGCUUUGGUUUGAAAGAUGUCGUAAAUCACCCGUCAUUGAAUAGUCAAACGACAGAAAGCAAGGUGAAAGAUUUUAUUGCGUUGGGCAAACUCAUGCUUGGAGCCAUAGUGGGCACAGGUCUAGCUUUCGAGAAACCCACGGAGUACCUGCCCCUGCUAGAUCGUGCCGUUAGCCAAGAGCUACGAAAUCUCAUUCGCGACCUUUUAUCGGGUUCUGUGAACACCGUGGAUGCCCUGGUGCUGGCAACAGCUGAUCAUGUCUACGAUAACCUGGAUGCAGCUGACACCCUCGCAAGGCGUUUGGAGCUACAUGCCUUAAAUGAAGUUUCAAACGGCCGGCUUUUCCGCUUAGUCUGUAAACUGAAUUCUGUGAUUGAGCGACAGGAUACAAGAGCUUCUAAACAUCAUGAACCAGAGUGGUCAGAGACCGACGACCGGUACAUGCUGAAACUGUUUCGCGAUUAUGUGUUCCAUCAAGUCGACCACAAUGGGGCGCCGUAUUUAGACCUCGCGCACAUUGUCUCUGCCCUCAAUAAGGUUGAAGCUGGAUCAGGAGAGAAUGUUUGUCUAGUCAGCCGAAAGGGCGAGAAGGCCAUAAUCGUGACUUACGCUGAAAUUCGUGAUUGGUUGGACAAGAGCUUCAGCCAUCUGGUUGAAGACUGUCGAAGAAGCGUGUUUGAACAGCAGAUGGCCCAAGAUCUCCAACGUGAACAUCAACAGCAGAAACGGCUAAGGGAUGACGCCACUUCCGAGGUGUCUCUCAAAUUGGGCUCUGUGCACGAGGCAUUUACUCACUUAGCUGUCACUGUGCUCAUGUCAUCAUAA